GUUUUUGCAGAUUAUUUUUUUUGACUGACAGUUGACAGAAUCGUAACAAAUAACCUUGUAAAUUUCGAAAAUAUUUUAAAAACCAUUUAGAAACAUUUGACCUUAUGUCCCCUACGUCCUUUGGAUAAUAGUAAGUAGCAAAAUAGAACUAGACAUUGCUUGCAUGCAUGUUAACAUAAAAUUACUUAUUUUGUUACAUUUUUUUGUAAAAUGUGCGAAUGUCAGGAUAUGAGUAUGGAUGUUAAAACUCCUAGAAAUGUAUAUUUGUCGGCAUUUUAUAAAAGGAGUUUUGCAUUUUACACUGUAAAAAGUCGACUGCCAAUAAUUCUAACACAGUUGAUAGAUACUCUGGUACGCAAUAAGGAGCAAAUAGCAGCAAUUUAUGGGGAGAUAGCCCAUGAUGAUUUGAAAAAAGUUAUUGGAGAAAUAUCCAAAUUGAAAUAUGAGAUACAAACAAAUAAGCCUCUGCCGUAUUUGACAUCAACAGAUCCUGACAUACACUUUUUUAAUGAACACAUAACAAAACAAGCUUCUGAGGAAGGCCAUACAACUUACUUCAAUACAAUAUGGCUUUUAACUGAAUGCUACAUGUAUCGCAGAAUAAAACAAAGUUUUAGUUUUACAGAAUCUUUGAAAGACUAUGAUUAUUUUGGCUUCUCAAAGAGAGAUUCUUAUGAAAGUGCUUUAGCAUUAAUAGUCCAACUAGGUAAUCAUAUGCUAGAAGUCGAACAACAAAACAAUACAGAUCCUGAAGAAUCAUUUAAAUCCAUGCUGAAGUUAAACUUGUGGGGGAAUAAAUGUGAUCUGUCAAUAUCCCUUGGCAAAACAGAUAAUCCAGGUAAUCUAUUUGAUACGCAUCUAUUAGAUCCUUGUCUAUUAUCGGAUCAAUCUCAAGAUAUAUGGGAAGUGAUCAGUAAAGGGACAGACACUGACAUAGUUGAUAUAGUUUUUGAUAAUGCAGGUUAUGAAUUGUUUACUGAUCUAUGUUUAGCAGAUUACAUAGUAAGGAAAAAUUUAGCUAAAAAAAUUCGUUUCUAUGUUAAAACUAUACCAUGGUUUAUAUCAGACGCGAUGGAGCAUGAUGUGUAUUGGACAUUAGAUAAGUUAAAGCAGCACUCUAAUGAAUCACUCCAAGUGCUAGCAACUAGAUGGUAUGAUUAUCUGACCAAUGGACAAUGGGAAAUUGUAAGCAGUAGCUUUUGGACUUUACCAUAUGAAUUUAAAUUUAUGAAAGAUUUUGAACCACAACUUUAUAAAAAAUUAUCCGAAGCCAAGCUUAUAUUCUUCAAAGGAGAUUUAAAUUACAGAAUUGCAGAAAAUUAUUCGGUGAGAUUAACUGGGACCCAGUGACAAGUGUGGAUGAAGCUCUGCAAGGUUUUCACCCAUCUAAGUUAUGUGCGUUAAGAACAAUUAAGGCAGAUAUAGUGGCUGGAUUAAAAGAAGGAAUCGCGGAGGAAUUGGAUAAAAAAGACCCUAAAUGGAUGGAGACUGGCGAAUAUGGAUUAAUUCAAUUUUCAGAAAAAAUUGUCAAAAUACAGUAGUAGAUAUAUGUGGUUGUAAUUUAAAUACUCGAGUCCAUUUCUAGUCCUCUCGUCAAGUUGUGCG